AUGGAGCUGAAAAAGAGCCGAAAUCAAUCAUAAGCCAGUAAAGGAAGAGAUUUCAAUAAUGAAGGGAAUUAGGUAUUUUAGUAAGAUCAGGAAAUGGAUGAACAUGGAAAUUUCAUUGACCCUCAGCCAUAAAAUAUUUCCUCAGAAGUGAGAUUGAUAAAUAGCAAUGCGUCAAUUAUGAAUGUCUAUGGAGGUGGUCAAGAUUUAGUUGCAUAUAACUCGCAAAAUCUCAAUGAUGCCAGUAAGAUGAGAAGAUAUAAGAUUGAGGAUAAAAGAAUAAUGAUAAUGGAUAGUAGAUUAACUGAUUCAAAACCUUUCAUAUUCGAGGCUGAUAGAGGAGAUGGAGAAAAAUUCAAAGUCCUUUACAACAAGCUAACUGAUUCAUAUUUUCAGAUGCAAGAGUCAAUCAAUGAAAACUCACUAUUUAUGGAGGCUAAACUAUAUACAAUUACAGAAAUCGAUCCAAUAUUUUUCAUGCUAAGAGCUCUCAGGAUGGGGCUGAGUUAGAAUUAAAAGCUUUAUCAAACUCUUUCUCAGAUCUUAGAUACAAUAAUAUAAACUUCAAAUAUGGAUCAUGAUACAGGAGAUAUUCACUAAAUUCAUGAAAUCAUAAAUCCUUUCGCUCCAUCAGAUCCUAAUCACACUUCAAACACAUAGUAUAACCCAAGGAUUUUAAAAGAGCAUUUACUAACCAGUCAAAGAUUAAGGAAAUCUCUAGAGAAAAUUUGUAAUACGAAAAUAAUCAAAUUAGAUGAAAAGGAGCAGAUUUAAACUUACUUGAUAGACGAGGAUAAACUAAUAUAGCAUUUAGUUAUGAAAUAGAAAUAGAUGAAGCAAUUUCUAGGAUAAAGAUAUGCAGCUUUUCACAAGAAGUAACUUGAUGGUGUAAGUAAAGCUGAAGGUAUCAUAAAGCAAGAAGUGAAGAGGGAAUCCUAACUUAAAAAAGAAGAAGAGUAAAAAAAUAGUGAUUUAUAUCAAAAUACUUAAGGAAUGCAAAUUUAUGAAACUAUGUACGAAACUCUGGCAUCGGGUUACAUUGCUGAUGAGUUACCCUCAGACCUAACAGUACGAUUUUUAGAGGCAGUUUAGUUGAGUAAAAAUGAAAUAUAUUCUGGUUUGUAAGAUGAUCCAAACUAGAGGUAAUAAUAGCAAUCCUUAAGUAAAUUUGGAAUUUAAACAACUACUCCAGGUGGAAAUCAAUAACUUGAUAAGAAAAGAUCAAUAACAGAAACUUAUGUAGUCAAUGAAUAGAAAAUUGAUAGCAUUAACUCCGCUAGUAGUAGCAACCAGAGCGAGAAAAAGAAUACUAUGCAAGCUAAGAAGCAAUCAGAGAUUGUUAGUAGUGUUGAUAAGUAAAGAUCAUCUCAUGGUGCGGGGGGUUAGAUUGAUCUUUCAUCUUAAAUUAUGAAUCUAAAGAAAGCAGCAGCUGCAAGGAAAAACCCCACAAAAAAGAAGAAGGAUCUAUCAAAUUUAUCCCUAGAAAAUAAUAAUAUGAAUGAAACUAGUAAUGAUCAAAAUCAGCAAAAUGACUAAAAUCAAUUUGGUACGCGAAGUAGUAGCACUGGUAGAAUAAAUUCUUAGUAGCCAAGACAAGGCGGAGGUCCAUCAAGCAGAGCUAACAAACAAAGGAAGAGCUAGUAAACUUCAAGUAGAGAAAACAAUACAACAUAAUUGCUCAAUCAGACUUAAGUAGAUGAUGGAUUCCCUAUGCCUGACAAUUAACUGUUAUUGAUUGAUUAACAUGACUAAGAGAAUUUUCACAUGCAAGGUCGUCUCAAUAAUAAUAAUGCAAGCAAGGGGUUAAGAGAUAUUGAUCAUUUGAAUAUCAAUAUGGAGCUCAAAAAAAGUAAGGCCCGCAUUAAAGAACUACAAAAGCAUGUAGAUCUCAAUAGCAGUUAAGCUCAAGCAAUUUCUAAUUAUACAUCUAGUAAGAAAUAAGCAAGCUUAUCAAGACAAUAAACAUUUAAUAAUGAAGAAGGAUCAGUCGUUAGAGCAAAUGUCGGAACAGCAAGUUAAAAUAAAAGAAGGCAAGAUUAAUAAAGCGCAUCCAGAAAGUCAGGAAAUUUUCAAGUAUAUGACUCAUUCUAAAUUGUCCCAUCAUCAAAAGGCUCACAGAAUAAUCUUGGUCAUUUCUUCAAAAACAAUUCGAAACUAUCUGCAACAAGGAAAAGCUAAUCAACAGGAAGGUCAGGGUUAAGUACAAAGAAUCAAUUAAAUGUGAAUCAAACCAAGAGAUAGAUCAAAGAGACUAACAACCACAUCUUAGGAUUAGUCUAGGCUUAAAGCAAUCGGUACAGUUCAUAAAUUACCAGUAUGAGAAAUUAGGAGAUGUAACAAUAGCAAAUCAUAUAGUAAUAGCAGGCGCCAUUUUACCAGCCCAAUCCAAAUUCAGUGCCACAGAGAAAGCAGCAGGAUCUUUACAAAGUAUAUAUGAAUUAUUUACCAAAUAACUAGGUGUUUAUGGAAAAUAAUUCCUAGAAAAUUCAGACACAGUCUAACUUGGGUGGAGUACCUAUUGCAGCGAAUCUGUCUUAAGAUCUUGGCAUGCUGAACAGGCAUAAUAAUUUGGUGCAAAAAAACAGGAAAAUUCUAAACUCAAAAGCUCAGCAAAAUAAUGUUAUAAAUCUGAAUCAAAGUAACGUUGGAAUGGAGUAAUUACCAAUGAUUAAUAAUCCUAAUAGCACAAGUCCGAAUCUCAUCACUAAAUAGGUAAGCAACGAGCAAUAGCAGUAACAGAUUUCCCCAAAUCAUACUCAAAACUACAACAAUCCUUACACCUCAUCAUAAAAAUCAAGCCUUAGAAAUCAGAUAAGUAAAAUGAACCAGAACUAAGUCAGUCUGUAUAACUAGUCUCAGAAUUCUAAAAUGUCCACAAUGGGAUAUCAGACCUAGUAUAAAGUAAAUGGCAUGGCUGCCACAACAUAAGUGCAUCAUUAUAAUACAAGUUCACUUGAGCAGUAUAAUAAUCACUAAUUCGCUUCAAUAAAUUAGAGUAUGCUUAUGAGAAAUCUAAACAUCUCCAUACUGAAUGGUGAAUUAGAAAAUGAAACUUCCCUUGAGGAUAUGCAUAUGUUCUUUGUUGCCUUUAAUAAAAGAUAAUAAAAGAUUGUCAUUGGAGUGGAGGAUCCAGUAAUAAAAGCUAAUGAUCAAGCAGAAAUUGCUAUAUUAGGAGAGGCAACUACAGACACAGACAAGCCUCCUAUUACAGUUACCAUCCUCGAAGAGGAGAUCGAUCUUGAAUGA